AUGGAGGAGGCAUCGAAUAUCGCCGAGUCACUGCCAAGGGUUAACCUGAAAGACACUAUUGAAGAGCUCUUGAAGUUCACGCUCCAAUCUUGCACAAACGGAACCCUAGAAAUCGAUCUAGGGCUGCCCAAGGAAUUUUGCUCCCGCCUCCUCAAAUCCGAGCCAAACGACCUCUCCUCCCCUUCCCACUCCGAUUCUUCUACUGGUAUUUUUGAAGGGGUUCCACCAUACCCUUUAUACAAGCGUCUCGCAUUGGCUUUGCAUGAAUCCAUAGCUUCUGGUACCCUUUUCGGUACAUGCAACAAUAUGUCCAUUAUUUAUCAAGAAAGUUCCUUGAAGGAGAAAGAAAAUGAAUGGCAGAAGCUGAUCUCGGAGAAGGGAUCUGAAUUAGUAAAUGUAUUGAAGACUGUUAAAAUUGAUCUUCAUGUUCAGGAGCCUUUCUUUUCGCAGCUUAAAGAUGGCCUCAAAACAAUUGAAGGGAGGUGUGCUUUGGGUAAUUGCAGUAGAAUUGACUCAGGAUCUUUGAUUCUCUUCAAUAAAUGUCUACUAUUUGAAGUUCAGGAUAUUCGCAGUUAUUCUUCAUUCUCUGAUAUGAUGGAGGCAGAGGGUCUUUCUAAAGUCCUUCCUGGAGUUGAAACCAUUGAACAAGGUGUGCAAAUUUACAGAAAGUUUUACACAGAAGAAAAGGAAAGGUCAAAUGGUGUCCUUGCGAUUUGUGUUUCAAAGUUUCCUCACCAGCCUUACAUUUCAUUAGCUAGAAUGCUAUUUGGAUUGAGUCUGGGGGGUCUUCAAGGCCUUCUUGGUCUGGCACAUACCACAGGAUCUACUCCAGAUGCUCUACCCCCGCCAACAUCUACUCUUCUGUCAUCAUUUGUGCUGCCAUAUAAAUUGAAUGUUGAAGGUAGUACAUUGACUCAUGGAGCUAGGGCCUUGGCAAAACAUGCACAUCGGAGUAGCAGUAAAUAUUGGGGUACCUUAGAUGGAAGUGAUUCCAAUAAAAACAGGCUCGCAUUGGAUGUCAUCAGUCGAUUAAUGACACAUUGUUGCUGGUUAAAUGUGCAUAGUGUUCAACCACACGGUGUUGUCUUUGAAAUAAGGGUUGCUGAAGGAUAUGGUGCACGGUGGUCGGAAGAUGGUAGCAAGUUUAUCGGAUUUUUAGAGCCAUACAUGGAAGAUGGUCAUCCAAAGGGAUGGAAGCACUAA